AGAAAAAAAAUACUGGGGGGAAAAAUUCUAACUACGGAUGGACAGUUCUGUAGAAGCAGCAGGCUACAAAAGGCUGUCUGAGAAUUCUACGUCUACAGAUAGAGUUUCUCCUUCUGACUUUGAGAGUGUUGCUCUUGAAGGGGAUCUGAACGGCGAGCUGAUGAACGAAGACAUACGUAUCCAUAGCUGGCCUUGUUCUUACUAUUUAGACACCAGCAAACAAUGGGUCCCUGGCAGACUCUCACUGACUCCUGUUGCAAUCAGAUUCACAGCUGGCAAGACUGGGGAGCUUCUGGUCAACUUCCAUCUUUCUAGUAUCAGUGAGAUCAAGAAGGAAUCAUCAAAUUUAAUCUUCAGCUCACUUACCAUCUUAGAGAAGAGCACCAAGCACUGGUUUAGUUCUCUGCAGCCCAACAGAAAUGUGGUAUUCAACAUCCUUGAGCACUUCUGGAGGGAGCAAUUGCUGUCAAGCCAAGGAGCAGAAGCAGCAGCUUUGCAAACAACAAAGGGAAAAGAACUGACGGGGUUAUUGACUGGUUCACAGAAACGGCUGGAGGACACAGCAAAAGUGCUGCAUUAUCAGGGCGAACAGUUUGAUAACAUCAUGAGAGGACUCAACAAGAUCGAAGGGGAUAUGGAUGUAGCAGACAGGUUGUUGACUGAGCUCGAAUCUCCUUCUUGGUGGCCGUUUAGCAGCAAGCUCUGGAAAGCACCAUUGGAAGCCAAGCCAAAGGAAACUGCCACAGUUUCCGAUUCGAAGAACCAGGAAGGAAUCGUAAUUAGAAUUCCAGUUAUUAUCACCCACAGAACAGACUCAAAUGUCAAGCCAGGAAAACUCACACUCUUUGCUUCUGGUCUGGAAAUCAGUGACUGCAAUUCUCAGGUCAUUCACCAUUUUGAAUCAAAGGAUGUAGAUGAUAUCAGAGUUCAUACACCAUAUGAAAUCAGUGUCCGUCAGAGAUUUAUCGGGAAGCCAGACACCUCUUACCGGCUCUUGUCAGCAAAGAUGCCAGAAGUAAUCCCUAUCUUGGAGAUGCAAUUUAGCAAGAAAAUACAGUUUCUAGAAGAUGCCCUAGGUUUUGCUGGUGCCAGGAAGUCUCCUCAGGUAGAUUUGGGGACCUCCAUUUGGCAAGCAGCCACGGGACUCCUGGGAGGAGUGGUGCAGCCCAGCUCUCCAGUAGGAGGCAGAGAAGGGAUGGACAGUGACCACGUCCAGCUGCAAAAGCAAGAGAAGAUCUCCCAGGAAGAAGCAAAAGAGCUUAAACAGUCUUUUCUUCUGACAGAUACUAAAGAAGCUGAAGGGCCUUGCCUUGGAGACAGAAGCUGAGCUGGAGAGACAGGAUGAAGCUCUUGAUUCCAUCACUACCUCUGUAGACCGUGCGACACUGAAUAUUGACAAGCAGAACCACAGAAUGAAGAAACUAACGUAGCGCCUACAGGAACCAGUGGGGAUGGUAUCGUGAGGAAGAAGAGGAUCAGAGUACUGUGUUUAUCAAGACUGUUUCUUUAAUAGACACUUUGUGUGGGAGCUGUUUGCAAUAUUGUCUGGAGUACAGUGCUGCUGUUACUGAGUUCCUGUGGGUUUUGAAAAUGUUUCCAGACUUAGAUGAUGUUUGAAGGCUGUUUUAGGAUUAAAAAGGCCAAGACUUUUAAUUGCGGUAGAACAAUGAUAGUGGCUUCUUUACUACAGAAAAAUCUGUAAAUAUGAAAGGAUGUGAUAUAAUCUGAAUCAACUUUUAUGUGCUUUUUUUAUGUUGCUGCUUUUGAAAGGUUGCGGUUUUUUACUGCAAUGAAGAAGUGAAGGAGAAAUGAACUGCAUAUGAGACUACUUUAGAUGAUUACAGCUUAUUAAUUCCCUCUCAAGGUCUUUCUUUAAAAAAAGUUAAUAGCUGAACUAAAGACCAGAUGUCCAACUGCAAGUCAUUGAGGCUUUUGUUUGUAACUUAAUGCUGAGGUGAGCAAAUGAUGGUGAUAAAACCUUGUGUUCCCUAAGCAAAUAUUUUUAAUAGGUUUCAAUUGUGCUUUUAAUGUACCUAGGAAUUUUAUAAGAAUAAUGAAGACUUAGUGGCCACAGCUGUCUGUUGCCACAUCCUGGAAAAUGGAGAAGGUGGUUAGUUAAUGUGCAUGUAUUGGUAGAGAUACCUGCUCAGUGAGCAGGUUUGGGGUUUUUUUUUUGCCAUUUGAUAAAUGUUUUGCUUACUUAAAUCACUUAUAAAAAGUAUCAAAAUUGAAUAUGUUCGCUUUCCGAAAGGAAAUGAUGAUCAUUGAUGAUCAUGUGCACAUUUUUGUGUGUUUAUGUUUCCCUUUUAAACUGCAUAUGUAGUGAAGGAGUUGACUUUGGAGUGGGGAAAGUAUUGUGGGUGAAUCUAUUCAGUUCUUGGAGUUCAUUGUUUGUACCCCUCACUUGCACACAGUGGUUUUAGAUUUUUGGUAAUAAUCUGACAUGGGAUGCAGUGUCCUCAGAGCAUAAUGAGCACAGUGUUUACUUGGUGUGGUCCCUAAAUACAAUGGUUAAGCUAGGCUAGCAGAUCUUUGACGAGUGUCAGUGGAAGGUCUCUUGUCCUUUUGCUGCUCUGUUCUUCAUUUUCCAAGGAUCUCUCUACCAUUCAUUUCUGACUCCAAAUGGGAAGAACUUCAUGAGUCAUGUAGAGCAUCAUGUGUUUUUUGUGUAUCUCU